UUCACUUGUGUUCUGGUCCCAGGAGUGUGGGGGUCUCUCGCCAAGUGCAGGGAAAGGAGGAUGGAGCUGCAGCCUUGGGCAGUGGGAGGAGGAGUGUGGAUGGUGGUGAUUGGGAUGGCUUUCAUCAGCUGCAACGCCUUCCUGGAUCUGUCUGGUGUCCAUGAGAUCAAGGGCACAUGGAUGGCAUCCACCACUUUACCAUGUACCUACAUGCCCUCAGAAGGUUUCACACAGCAAACGCUCACCUGGAGCAUAGAGAGGGACUAUAGCAUCUCUACCAUCUUCCGGAGGGAUGAGUCUGGUGACCAUAUCUUGUUGUCCCAGUUCCGAGACCGGGUCAGCGUCCCAAAGCACAGCCCAGGGGACAUCUCACUUCUGAUCGAGAACCUCGAAAUCCCUGACAGUGGACACUACAUCUGCCAAGUCAUCUGGAGAUCUAUAAACAACAGCUUGAUAACAAAGGAUGUGACCACUAUGCUUAAAGUUGUCAAAGUUGCAGUGACCAAGCCUGUCGUCAGGGCGGGCGAGCUGGGGCUGGUGGUGCCAGCGGGAGCCAGGACCAGCCUGACCUGUGUGGCCAGUGGGUCCCCGCCGAUCCGCUACCGCUGGUUCCGGGGCAGCCCAGGGGGGACAGCCCAGCCCCUGGGCAGCCAGGCCGAGCUGGCCUGGGCCCACCUGCUGCCCUCGGACGCUGGGACCUACUUCUGCCAGGCAGAGAACAGGGUCGGGGCGGCGCAGCGCAGCGACACCGUCCAGCUGGUGGUCACAGGUCUGCCCGCAGCGCCGACAGUCUCCGGGGGGGAUGCCGCUCCGGAGGGCCCCCCCAUUGCCGCAGGUGCCCCCCGGGCCGCCCCUGCCCUCCUGGCCGCGCUGGGCGCCGCGGUCGGGGCGGUGCUGGUCGCGCUGCUGCUCCGGCGGCGGGACAAGGAGCGGGAGCGACGGGGACGCGACGGGGACGAACCUCUCUAUGAAGUUGCUCUCCACAGCACUACAGAUGACACAAGGCUGGAAAGUGAUGUGGAAGUCCCUGUUAAGAGCCUGCACAGGGAGACAAAGACUGAAACACCUAAUGACACGUCUACCAUGAAAGACAACAGCCACCACAGCGUGUACAGCCAGAAAAGUCCUGAGUAUGAGAACCUUGUGAAUGCAAUGGAACAGGAAUAUGAAAUAGAAACAAUGUAGUAGAGUACCAGAUUUUUCACAUGAGCAGCCAUGCAGGGCUGCAGAUACUGAGUGAACUUUACUAAAGGAAACUCUUCUUCCUGUUUGCCUUCUGCCCUGAUCAAUACAGCAGCCUCACUCUUUUCUGCAUAACCUCCUUGUCAGUCUGGCAAAUGAGGCCCUGCCCAUUGGUGCAGGCCACUCAGCCAAGUGGUUGUCUACCUACUUUCACAGAGCAAAUCAUUCCUGAGCAGCCUGAAAGACCAAGGUGAGGGCAAGUGGAUCUGAAGGAGCAGGAACACGGAUGCUUUUAGCCUGCAAACCAAGAUGUAGCUGGUGCAAUGCUGCUGGCCAAUGACAGCAACAAGGUGCACCUACAAGUGCAUGGUCCCCUGUUGAGACAUCCCAGACUGUGAGGAGCCAGGGGCUGUGCUGGAAGUGGACUUUACAGCUCAGUGAAUACUGGUGGUACAUCCUGCUUGCCCUUGAGGUUUUUUUGUUGCAGCAAGAUAAAGGGACCGUGGGGGGAGGGGGCAGGGGUGGCCUGGGAGUGUGAUUUUUGCUGCCAGACUGGAGUUCAUUGAUAGGGGAAGAGGGAAUGUGCCUGUAGGUGAUGAGCCUCUAACUACCACCCUCUAGUUUCCUCCUGGAAAAGUAGAACUGGUGCUGAAGGAAAUGUUAGUAGGUUCUUUUUACAGUGUGGGGGCCACAGGCAUAAUAAAAUAGAGGGAAAUUUGAGGCAUUUGGAGUAAUGACUGAGCAAGGGACUGAGUCAAUCUGUCUGGUUACAUCAGAUAUAUUAAUUUUUUGACCUAUGUUAUUAUGGAGAUGCUCUGAGUACUCGUGUAUACUGUGUCUUGAAAAGUGCUUGACUAGUGCAAUGUAUUUUCUUUUCCAGCACAAAUACAAAAGGCUUCAAAGGA